AUGGGAAUCUUCCGGAUCAAGAUGCAGAUUGAUGGGAACGUUGUGUUGUAUCCGGUAGGUUUUCCUGAUACUACACACUAUGCUUAUUGGGCAACAGUAACGACUUUUGUUGGGAAUAACGCAACGCUGACGCUGGAUGGAAAUGGCCGCCUAUGCAUGCUCAAUAGUACUGGUGUCAACGUAAAGAACAUUACCAACGAAGGGAUUCCCUCUGAUGGGAAGAGGUACCGUGCCACAAUUGAUAAUGAUGGGAUAUUCCGCUUAUAUUCUCGCGACUUGAGUGAGAGUGGGUUUGUUUUCAUCAAUCAGGAGCAAAUGAAUUUGGGUUGCAAUAGAAACUUCACUGCAGAAAGUUGUUUAUCCAAGAAUAAAGAUACCAAGUACGUCAUUCAAGAAUUGCAAAAUACUAUAUUGGAUGAUAGCGCAUACGCCGUUUUGUUCUCUAAAACAAAAGCUUCCAUUGACAUUUUGGAGAAGCCACAAGUGGAUGGCUAUUCAACUGCAACAUUUGUCAAAUCCAGCAGCGGUAUCGACGGUAUGGUUCCUAAAGAUAUAGAAAGCAAGAAACUAUUGCCAAUGGAUAUCUUAAUAAUUGGUGUUGCAUGUCUAGCUUUCGCAUUGAUUCGCCUAGCAUUUUUCGCUACUCUUAUGUUCAGAUAUAGAAUUUGGGCAUACAAAAGGAUCUCUUAUGAAGCAGCAAAUGAAGCAUUGAUCGAGAAUGUCUCUUUGCGAGCAUUUACUUAUAGUGAACUAGAAGUUGCAACCAAUGGCUUCAUCGAACAAUUGGAUAGAGGUUCUUUUGGGACUGUCUUUAAGGGAACCUUGUCAAACGGGCAGAGGACCAUUGCCGUGAAGAGACUGGAGAAAGUAAUGGCUGAAGGAGUAGAAGAAUUCAAAAAUGAGAUGAGGUCCAUUGGACGAACCCACCAUAAAAACCUUGUCCGGUUGCUCGGUUAUUGCCAUGACGGUUCCAAUCGGCUUUUGGUGUACGAGUACAUGAACAAUGGAACACUCGCGGACUACCUCUUCAAAUCCCAAGUAAAGCCGAAUUGGGAGGAAAGAAUUAAAAUCGCUUUGAAUAUAGCUAGAGGGAUCCUAUAUUUACACGAGGAAUGUGAGACCCAAAUCAUCCACUGUGACAUAAAUCCCAACAAUAUACUGAUUGACGAGAAUGGAUUAGCCAAAAUUUCGGACUUUGGAUUGGCAAAGUUAUUGAUGCCAGACCAUUCUAAGACGCUCAUUGGGAUAAGAGGAACAAGAGGGUAUGUUGCCCCAGAAUGGCACAAGAAUUUGCCCAUCACUGUGAAAGCAGAUGUGUAUAGCUUCGGUAUUGUAUUCUUGAUAAUUAUACGUCGUCGGAGGAGCAUUGAAAUUGAAGCCCCUGAGGAUGAAGUUGUUCUUGUAGACUGGCCGGGUCUACGACUGUUUCAAGUCCAAUGAAGUACGUAAGCUUUUUCAUGAAGAAGUUGACACACAAAGCUUGGAGAGGAUGGUGAGGAUCGGGCUUUGGUGCAUUGAAGAGGAGCCAGCAGCCCGUCCAUCGAUGAAGAAGGUGAUUCAUAUGUUGGAAGGCACUAUAGAAAUACCUAUUUCACCAUGCACUCGUUCUUCAGUUGAGAAUUUGUGAUCCAGCUGGAGAAGAUUAAUUUUAGGGUGAAUUUAUUUUAUGCAUGUGUGUUUUAAUUUUCUUUUGCAAAUAAGCUAGGAUUGAGUUUUCUAUUUUAUGCAUGUGUGUUUUAGUUUUCAUUUUCAAAUGAGAAU